AUGUACGUUUACUUCUUUUGCACUUGCGCAGGUAAUCACUUCCGCUUUCAUUUUCGCUCUGCUGUCAACAUAACAAUGAAGAUUUCUAGGACUGUACAGUUAGGCGUGGUAGUCGCCAUUCUAGCCGCUAUGGUGUCCUGUGAGGACAAAGAAGAGAAGAAGAGGAAGCUCCAGAUCGGCGUGAAGAAGAGGGUGGAUCCAGAAAAAUGUACCAUAAAAUCAAGGAAGGGGGAUGUUCUCAAAAUGCAUUACACAGGAACACUGGAAGAUGGCACAAAAUUUGACAGCAGCUUAGACAGAAAUGAACCAUUCAAGUUCACCCUUGGGUCAGGACAGGUGAUCAAAGGCUGGGACCAGGGACUUCUGGGGAUGUGUGAAGGAGAGAAGAGGAAGCUGGUGAUCCCGUCUGACAUGGGGUACGGAGACCGGGGAGCUCCACCCAAGAUCCCGCGUAAGUCAAUAAAUAGCUCGUUACAGUACAAGAUCCCGCGUAAGUCAAUAAAUAGCUCGUUACAGUACAAGAUCCCGCGUCAGUCAAUAAAUAGCUCGUAUUGUUUACAAGAUCCCGUGUAAGUCAAUAAAUAGCUC